CAUGUCUUCAACGCGUUUUCCCGCGUCAAUGAGAAACUGAAGUCCACCGGUUGCAAGGUCAAGUGAAAAUCAUAACCACAGCCACUUAUGGAUGUCGACGUACGGCCCAGGAAGAAGAGGCGCUUCUUUGUCGACGAUACCGAAGAUGCUGCCGACCAGCAAUUGUCGUCCGUCGCCAACGCUUCCAGCAGACCUACGUCCGCCACUUCCUCUACAAGUCACGAAGUGAAAUCCAGUCAGACCGACGCUAUAGACCUCCAACCCUUCUCCGACGAUAAAACAACCUCAAGUUUCGAUGCUGACACAUUCAAGGCUUUUGUUGGUGAAGAUGUUAGUCAGGAUGUCGUGGACAAGGUGCAGGCUGCGGCCGACGGAGACACAGAAAGGGCCAUCAAUAUGUAUCUUGAUGGGUCUUGGAAGACUUCUGUCAACAUAAAUGCCACAACACCCUUACCUACACGAGGAGUUGAGAGCUGGCUCACCGCGCCUACCAAAGCCCAAAACGGUACGAGCAAAGGUUCUCCCAUCACGCAAGAACGACCAAAGGACGACGUCGCCUCGAAACCUGCAUUGCUACGUUCCAUGCCCAAAGAACGAUACGUGGGUUCUUUCGGCGUCGCAGCUUGGAUGACUAAGAGUGGAACAAACCUACUCGCUCACGGGGAAGCAGUCCGAAUCGAACGCUCAAGGCUUACGCCUAAGACGAAAGUUGGGAAAGGUGGAAAGCUUGUACCAUUGAUUGGGCGGAAUCAGAAGGUGGACGUUGUCACCAGAUUUACAAAUGCCAGAGGCGACGAAUUGGGUCGAUUACCCGAGGAAACUGCUGCAUGGGUGUCGGCUUUGCUGGAUCAAAAGAUAUGCCGCCUUGAGGGAACUUGCGUCUAUGCGCCUGAUCGCGUGCGAGUUAACGAUACUAUCUAUUUACAAUUGCGUGCAUAUUUGCUGAAGUCGGCUUUCGAAUCAAGCGCUUUUGUCGUACCAAAAGAUGACAAUCGGGCUACUGGUUUCUUCCUUGAAAAGGAGAGCAGCGAAGAGAAGGAUCUCCGCCUCAGACAGGUGGCUCUGGUCAAACUAUUCGAUGAAGUCAACCUCAGCCCAACCACGACAAAUGAGACGGCAGCCAAACACAAGAAGCAGGGUCUCCUCAGGGCUGCCGAGAUGGCGGAGCAAUAUGACAAAGAAAAGACUUCAAAAGGCAAAUCGGGAACGUCGACGCCUAACUCAGAGGAGGAAGAAGAGGGUGAGGAGCUGGAGGAAGAUCAAUUGGAUGCACUGUACCAAAAGGCACAGUCUUUCGAUUUCAACACGCCAGAAGCCGAGCCCGCAUCCACAUUCACACUUGAUCUACGGAAAUACCAGAGACAGGCAUUGCAUUGGAUGCUUGGGAAAGAAAGAGAUGAGAAAUCCAGCAAACAGCAAUCCAUGCACCCAUUGUGGGAAGAGUACACUUGGCCCACUAGAGAUGCCGAUGACAAACCAGUACCGCAGGUGGAAGGUCAGGACAAAUUCUACGUCAAUUUGUAUUCUGGAGAGAUCGGCCUCGACUUCCCAGUUCAAGAGCAGAAUUGCCUCGGAGGCAUCUUGGCCGACGAGAUGGGUCUUGGAAAGACCAUUGAGAUUUACGCCCUCAUACAUUCGAAUCGAUCGCCCGUUGAACUUGAAGGUGCCGAAAAGGGCGUCACGAGCGUAAACCAUCUGCCUCGGCUACCACAAUCGUCCACGGAAGUGGUUCCAGCGCCUUGCACGACGCUGGUCGUCGCACCAAUGUCACUAUUGGCGCAAUGGGAGAGCGAAGCCGUCAAAUGCUCCAAACCCGGAACGCUCAAGACGAUGGUAUACUAUGGCAGUGAGAAGACGGCCAAUUUGCAGACGCUAUGCUCUGCUGCAAAUGCUGCCUCUGCUCCAAAUGUCAUUAUCACAAGUUAUGGAAUUGUCUUGUCCGAGUUUGGUCAGGUGUCAGCAGCUGGAGGAGAUCGAGGAUCACAUGGUGGGCUGUUCUCGGUGGACUUCCAUCGAGUGAUUCUUGACGAAGCACACAACAUCAAGAACAGGCAGGCCAAGACGUCAAAGGCAUGCUAUGAACUAAAAGCGAAGCACCGUUGGGUAUUGACGGGAACUCCCAUCGUCAAUCGCUUGGAGGAUCUGUUUAGCUUGGUUCGAUUCCUCAAGGUCGAGCCUUGGAGCAACUUUUCGUUCUGGAAGACAUUCAUCACCGUGCCUUUCGAGUCCAAGGACAUUGCUCGGGCACUCAAUGUCGUUCAGACCGUGUUGGAACCACUUGUCUUGCGGCGCACGAAGGAUAUGAAGACCCCAGAUGGCGAAGCCCUGGUUCCACUUCCGCCCAAGACGAUCAACGUGGAAGAGGUCGAAUUAUCGAAAACAGAACGAGAAGUGUACGACCUCAUAUUCACUCGAGCAAAACGAGCCUUCAACGAAUCCGUGCAGGCAGGUAAUGUGUUGAAGUCAUACACCACCAUAUUUGCCCAGAUUUUGCGGCUACGACAGUCCUGCUGUCAUCCGGUUCUGACCAGGAAUAAAGAUGUGGUUGCAGAUGAGGAAGACGCCGCGGUAGCCGCAGCAGCAGAUGCCAAUGGCUUUGCGGAUGACAUGGAUCUGCAAGACCUCAUCAAUCGCUUCACUACAGACACUGAUCAGGCCGAGAAGGAGAACCCAGUCACCAAGGACCCUAUCACGAAAUUCACUACCAACGCUCUGCGCCAGAUUCAAGAUGAAGCAAGUGGUGAAUGUCCGUUGUGUUACGAAGAGCCUAUGAUCAACCCUGCCGUCACGACUUGCUGGCACAGUGCUUGCAAGGACUGUUUGGAGAAGUAUAUCACUCACCAAAUUGAAAAGGGAGAAGUCCCUCGUUGCUUUUCUUGCCGAGAGACUAUCAAUCCCAGAGACGUGUUUGAAGUGGUUAGGUACCACAACCCAUCUGAGUCUUUCGAGUCCGAGGGUGACAUGUACUCAGCGGAUGAGAGUGUCUCCAAGCCUCCUAGAAUAUCUCUGCGACGUAUUCAUCCCUAUUCUCCCACAGCCUCGACUUCUGCGAAGAUAGCGGCUUUGUUGAAUCACCUUGCCGCACUACCAAAAGGGACGAAGUCAGUGGUUUUCUCACAGUUCACCUCUUUCCUGGAUUUGAUCUCGCCACAACUAUCCAGACACGGCUUCUCUCAUCUCCGUUUCGACGGCACCAUGUCACAGAAAUUUCGUGCUCAGGUUAUUCGCAACUUCAAUGCGGAGAAUGCAUCGGAUCCCAAGGCGCCGACUGUGCUACUUCUGUCGCUGCGUGCAGGAGGUGUUGGGCUGAACCUGACUGCAGCAAGUCGCUGUUACAUGAUGGAUCCAUGGUGGAGUUUUGCUGUCGAGGCACAAGCCAUUGAUCGAGUGCACAGGAUGGGUCAGACGGCAAAAGUUGAAGUGGUUCGGUUCAUCACCAAAGAGAGCAUUGAAGGUAGAAUGCUCCGGGUGCAAGAGAGAAAAAUGGCUGUCGCUGGAUCACUCGGUGUCGGGCAAUCUGGAGCAGGUGAAUCAGAGGAAGAAAGGAAAAAGAAGCGCAUUGAGGAGCUCGAGAUGCUCUUGGGUUAGGCUCAAGCUGGCUAAGGUUCGCCUAUAUUCAGGGGUGUCUUGAUAGAGGGCGGUUCAAGUUCAAAAACCUGUACACCACAAUCGUGUGUAACAUCUCUUAUGAUUGAGGGAUAUGUAAUUACAUCUCCAUGACCUCCAAGGACCGAGAGUCCCUGUAACUCCUGCGGACUUUUGCAUACAACCACGAAGAAAUUCCGGGUAUACGAUAUUGACUGCAUGAAUGUUUGUCAGCACCGAAGUCGUGUUUACCAGUGAGAGUGCUGUAGACAGGGGGG